AUGCCAUCAACCGAGAGCCAACAUGACCUUCUCAAAGAAUGGUUUCCGCACACGUCGAAACCAUUCAUCGCUAAUGCGCCAAUGCUCGGAUUCGCCGACUACCGACUAGCAACAGCAGUGACAAAGGCCGGAGGUCUAGGUUUCAUCGGGGGUGCAUUCGAUUUCAGCCCCUCAUCAACCCAACUUGCCAAGUUAGACAGCGAGUUAAUAAAAGCUCGAACGGAGCUCGGAAUAACCGACUCAGGCACUCUCCCAAUUGGUGUAGGCUUUAUCACAUUCAAGCCGUCAGGUUUCGAAGAGAACGUUGUUCCUCUUCUUGAAAAGCACCGUGUAUCUGCCGUGUGGCUUUCCUUCCCAAAGGAGGAUGCGGACCACGGGCCUUUGAUCCAUGCUAUCGGUGAUGCACGGGUAAAAUCGGAGUGGUCGGUCAAGGUCUUUGUACAGGCUGGGACUGUGCAGGGUGCUGCGACUGCUGCGGAGCAAGGUGCGGAUGUUAUUGUUGUGCAGGGGACUGAUGCGGGAGGGCAUCAGUGGGCCAGGGGGGCUAGUCUUCUCUCGCUGCUUCCUGAUGUAAGGGGGAGUUUGGGGGAUAUUUAUGAUGUUGCGCUUUUGGCGGCUGGGGGGAUUGUGGGGGGAGGGGGUGUGUUGCUGCGUUGGGUCUCGGUGGGCGCGGAUGGGAUUGUUAUGGGGACGAGGUUCGUUGCUACUGAGGAAUGUCCAGCUCCAGCCAGUAUUAAAGACUCGAUCGUGAAAGCCCAGGAUGGUGCUUUCUCGACUGUCAAAUCUGUCCGACACGAUGUUUUCCAAUCUACCGAUGUCUUUCCAAGGCAGUAUGACGGCAGGGCCCUGGUUGGUAUCAGUUGGAAUGAUGCUCAGAGCGGAGUCAGUGAUGAGGAAGUUAUUCGGCGGUAUGAUGAAGCAAUCAAGCAGGGAGAGGAUCAUCGACGUACUGUCUGGGCUGGUGCAAGUGUCGGGUCGAUUUCUUCGGUGCUUCCUGUUAGCGAUUUGAUGGAACAGAUUCAACAGGAUGUCAAAUUGACUACUGCGAGCAUUAUGGGUUGUAUAUAG